GCCCUAGAAACAGAUGACAAGCAAACCGUCAGCUCAGAAACACGCCCCAACAUCUCCAUCCAGGCAACAAAAGCCAAAACCGUGGAACUUGAAGCAGGUAAGGAAGAACUAUUCGUUCUUGAA